AUGACUGUGGCGCAUCCAGUGCGCACUGAUGGCACGAGUGAGUGCGCUCAGCGCGCUCCGCUCUUCAGAAGUUUACUGUCUGAAGUCUCGGAUCUCCUAAAAAACAACGUCCUGUGGUACGGAAUCAAUUCAGACAGAAUCCAUCCAACGAAUUCUUCUGACACUGUGCAGGCCUGUGCGCCCAAGAAUGAAUGCUGGAAGAACAUUGUGAAGGAUCUGGCCCACUAUGAAGCCAUAAUCAGCUCCUAUAUCGAACUCAAAGACCUCAGACAUCCAGAUGAGGAGGUCCCACCUCUGAGACAGACACUACAAAUGAUCCAAAACCUGCUCAAGUCUUGUCCAUUUACAUUAACUGAAGAAGGCUCUGUGAAGGAGGAUGUCAGUGGUCUGUGGGUCAGAAACAGUUCAUACUCAAACAGACAGAAGAUGUUGAUGAUGAUGAGGGCUUUCCACAUUCGGACCAUUACGUUCAACCGAGCUGUGGGCUACAUUGCAUCAGGAGAGCAUAUGACUCCAGGUCCCUUGUGA